UUAAACAAACGUCAGCGCGCGCUGUUCGAUCGUUGAAGUGGGUUCAAGCUGAUAUCGCUUAAUAGCAAAACGAACAAAGAUACAAAAUAAAGAGGAAAAAACCAGUAAAAACAGUAUGAAGCUUGGUCUUCAAACAACACGUCAAUAAGUAUAUAUCAAGGUCAUCAACAGCAUCGAAAUCGACGUUAGCUUAAUGAGAAUAUGCCGCGAAAACUGCUGAAAUUUCUGAUUAUCUUUGACAACACCUCACUGCUGUAUUUUCCGGGUCAAUUCCUUUCUGGCCGUGUGCUUAUCGAGCUACAGGAUGAAACACCAGCACUGGGUCUACAUUUUCAUGUGGUUGGCGAGGGUGUUGUCCGCGCUGGUGGUCGACAAGAGCGUACAUACGACAAAGAGAAUUACAUCGAUUUUCGCAUGAGAUUACUGGGCGAUGUGGAUCAGGGUCCAGCCAUAUUAUCACCAGGCAUACAUAGUUUUCCAUUUAAAUUGGGUUUGCCCGUUGGUCUGCCCUCCACAUUCCUGGGCAGCUUCGGUUGGAUACAAUAUUUCUGUACGGCAGCGUUGCGCGAGCCCAAAGGCCUCACGCAUAAAAAUCAUCAAGUUUUCAUCGUUAUGAAUCCCAUUGACUUGAAUCUGGAGAAACCCAUUUUAUCGCAACCAUUCACGUGUGAAGUUGAACACAAACUGGGUGUUGUUGCCUGUGUGGGUGGUGGUCAAAUCAAAUGCCGAGUCAUCUUGGAUCGUGGCGGCUAUGUGCCCGGUGAGAGCAUACUCGUCACAGCAAUCAUAUCCAAUGCCAGCAACGUAACCAUUAAACGAACAAAAGCUUCGCUGACUGAGACCAUCGAGUAUCUAGCACGCGGCAAGACGGUACAAAUAGAGAAACGUGCUUUGGCUGUGUUGGUGCGAGGCAAGAUACGGCCGGGUGGUAAAGAUGAAUGGCAUAAUGAUAGCCUCUAUGUGCCACCACUGCCUCCGACAAAUUUACACGGCUGUCAUUUGAUAAAAAUCACAUACGAUGUUUUCUUUGUUAUCGAACCGAAGUCUAUGGAAAAGGAAAUCAAACUGCAGCUUCCAAUUGUGUUGGCCACAUACCCAUUCCGCAAUAAUGCCAACGAUGUUUCAAACACGUGGCCAGAAUCUGUACUGAAGCCGGACACGCAUUAUCCAUCGACAUUGCCCAUAUUUCGUCCAUGGCUGCAUGAGAAACCAGAUGCAUAGCUUCCAACAAGAUAGUCACUUUUGACACUCGAUGCGAAUAAUUGUUGCAGUCCCAUUUGCGCCAUACAUUAAUUUAUAACUUAUUUAACUUUUAAUGACUUUUGUGACAAAGUACUAAAAACCAUGCACAAUAAGUUUCUGCUGCUUCUUUUUUUUCGUUUGUUACAAUGCCGUUACUCUCUUGUUCAGCGAUCAAAUGCACUAUCGAAAAGCAUAAAUAUAUAUGGUAUCGGAAGGUCCCUUAAACAAA